AUGCUUCGCACCAAAGAAGCGGAUUACAAAACUGGCGAAAUCUCUUUAACUGUAAAUUGUAAUCAGUCCGAUGCUGGAAGAAUACGAGGAGAGGAUUAUGGAGGACACGGUUUGGCAGGCCUCCAAGGCAAAAUAGGAAAGCCCGGGCCGUCUGGAUUAGAUGGUCUUAAGGGAGAAAAAGGUUUGCCAGGAAGAGAUGUAUUCGGUCAAAAGGGAGAAAAAGGUUUGUUUGGACCAAAGGGAGCGCGCGGACAAAUUGGUAAGUCUAAUGACUGUAAAUAA